GCCGGUCUCCAUUCUUGGCCUUACGAGCCCAAGAAAACUUGGCCGCCGCUCGGCUCUCUGAUCGCUUCUUCAUUCGGCGCUCAGUCCCACACCCAUCCUCCAGAGCAGCCGCUCGCGUCCGCUGCAUCCCAACGCAAGCAUGGUUCGGCCCGGUCGCUCCAACCCCUUCAGCACCCCAACCAUCACACCGCAGGCCGCCCCUGUCGUCGGCAACCCGUCGGGGCCUGCCGCUAUUUCGGACCUGGCCUUCAAGGACUUGACCCAGGAUGACAUUGCCCAAAUCGUCCAUGAUCGUCUCAAGCUCGGCCAGCUCUUCACCCGUCUGGGCUCUCGCGCUCUGCUCUCCGUCAAUGCCGGCCGCUCGGUUCCGUUGCCUUCCGAGUCUGCCUCGAAGGAACUUGCCGAGUCCGUCAAGACCAGUCUGUACUCGGAGCAGCUCCUGGACCAGCCCUCCAUCUUUGAGUUUGCUUCGCGGGCCUACCUCCACAUGACCCGCGGCGAUGAAGACCAGGCCAUCGUUCUGAGCGGUGACGAGGGCUCCGGCAAGACUGAGGCUCAUCGCAUGAUCGUCCGCCAGCUCUGCGACAUCAGCAAAACCUCCAAGAAGAAGACCAAGGUGCAUUCGUGCGCUCUCAAGGUCGACUCGAUCCUCUCGACCUUUGGCAAUGCCGUCACCGCCAUCAACCCGAAUUCCUCGGGCUUUUCGCGGUACACCGAGUACCAGUUCGACCAAAAGGGCAACAUGAUUGGCUGCAAGUUCAUCACCUAUCUCCUCGAAAAGAACCGCGUUACCGGCGCCGCCGAUCAUGGACGCAGCUUCCAUGUCUUUUACUAUCUGCUCGCUGGCGCUUCCCUCGAGGAGCGGCAGAGACUCCAGCUGUCUGACCCUGCACACUUCCACUACCUCAAUCAGUCGAGCAUCCGCAGCCCCGCCGUCGAUGAGGUGGCUGCCUUCCGCGAGUUCAAGGAGAACCUCAAGUCGCUCGGCAUCAGCCGUUCGCAGGGCCCUCUCUUUGAGCUUUUGGCCGCCAUCCUCCACCUCGGCAACAUUACUUUCGUCGACGGCCCCGCCCACACCCAAGAGGCCUGCAAGGUCCGCAACUACCAGCAGCUGGCCAUCGUCUCCGAGAUGCUCGGCCUCAACCCCACCGCCCUCGAGGAUGUGCUCACCUACCGCUCCAAGAUGAUCCAGCGUUCGGUUGUGUCCAUGUUCCUCGAUGCCGAGGCUGCCUCUGAGCAGCGUGACUGCUUCGCCCGCACUCUCUACUCGGUGCUCUUCAGCUGGAUCCUCGAGCAGAUCAACAACAAGAUGUGUAUCGAGGAUGCCUCCAGAUGGGCCCAUUUCAUCUCGGUCCUCGACAUUCCCGGCUUCGGCGGCCAGAACGGAGGCGCCAACGGCUUCUACCGCCUGCUCGUCAACUUUGCGAACGAACGCAUCCAUACGUUUAUCACCAGCCAGCUCUACGAGCUUCCCAGGGAUGUCUUUGAGGCCGAGGGCAUCGCCGCUAUUGCCACCGUUCCUCAGCUGAGCGUCUCGGGCGUUAAUGAGCUCCUGCUCAGCGAACCCAACGGCAUCCUGUACCUCAUCGAUGUCGAGGCAGCCUCAGGAAGCAAGGACUCCAAGGCGACCGAGAAGAUCUACGCGCAGCACUCCGGCUCGUCGUCUGUCUUUGAGGCCUCCAAGAAGCCCAAGCACCACUUUAUCGUCCGCCACUUUGCCAGCACCACCCAGGUCGAGUAUGACACCCACGGAUUUGUCGCCAGCAACUCAGACACGCUCCAGUCCGACUUUGUCACCCUCAUCCGCGGCAGCCCCGAGCAGCCUGGCACCGGCAACGCCUUCCUUCGAUCCAUCUUUUCGGACCGCCUGAUUGCCACCCAGAACCAGUACGGCACCAUGGUCGCUGCUUCGUCGAUUUCUCGCCACCCGUCUCUCAAGCGAGGCAAGAAGAAGAAGGACGAUGACGUCGAUCCCGCCAACACCAUUGGAUACCAGUUCCGUGCAGGCUUGAACGAGCUGCUGAGCACCCUGGGCGACACCCAGACGUGGUUCGUCUUCCACAUCAACUCACUCGACGGAAGCUCUGGACGUGUGGCUCUUCCUGUGAUCCAGAGCCAGAUCACCCAAUACGGCAUCGACAAGAUCACGCAGAGCUCAGCUGUUUUAUACACUGCCGGCAUGGACCACCAGUCUGCUCUCAGCCGCUACGCCCCUGCCCUUGCAUCCCUGCAGCUCCAGGGCAGCACCCCUCGCGAGCGCUGCGACUCGCUCUUGGCCCACUAUGGAUGGACCCAGAUUGACGCUGUUGUUGGCCUCAGCAAGAUCUUCCUCUCCGAAAAGGCCUGGCGCAUUCUCGAACAUGCGCUCAAGGCGACCGAGCCUGCUGAAGCCGUCGAUCUCUCGGGCACCAAGGCGGUGUCGGCCUCGCCGCGCCCGCCCAGUGCUGCGGAUAGCUAUGUCUCGCUCAUCAAGGGCACCAACGACGCCACGGCUCUGCGCGAGCUCGAUCACGGUAAUUACUAUGAGGAUGAAGGCAGCCAGUACGAGUCCGACAGCCAGUUCGACGUCACCGACCAGCGUGCCCCCGAAAGCUACACGCCCCAGAAAGACCCUGAACUCGGCAUCGCGGCUGCCAAGCCGGCUGCCGGUGCCAACGCGACUACCCCAGCCGCUGCCGCCGGCACCCUCAAGCGCUCAAAGUCGCAAAAGUCGGUGACCAAGAAGAAGAUGAGCAGCCAGAGAUGUCGCUGGUUGUUCUGCACGUGGUUCUCGACCUGGUGGAUUCCCCCCUUCAUGCUAUCACUCUGCGGCAUUAAGCGCAAGGACCAGCAGAUUGCCUGGCGCGAAAAGUUCACCCUCUGCUGGAUCAUCUUCUUGUUCUGUGCAUUCAUUCUUUUCUUCAUCAUUGGUGCGCGCGUCCUCAUCUGCCCGAUCAAGCCGCAGCUCUCGCCCGGUGAAAUCUCGGGCAUGAACAGCGUCACCCAAGCCUAUGUCUACAUGUAUGGCGGAUACUACGUCAUUCCCCAAAUCGUCUCCCAGCACAUUGCUGCUGGCAGAGGCGGCAGCAACGCCUUCUGGCAGGCCGCCGUCCUCGGCAUGGACGUCAGCCAAAUGUUUGACAAGUCCCCGUUCUGGAAGACGUACUGCCCGUCCUUCAACCAGCCCAACGGCUUCCAACGCUUCCCCAACCAGGCCCAGCAGAUCGUCGAGGGCACUUGGUGGCCGCACUCGAGCCAGGGCAACGAUCACCUCCCUAGCCUCCAGUCCUACCGCAAGGGCGAUGUUGUCUGGGCGGCGCAGUCGCUUUCGGACGCCAUGAAGGACCCCACGGUCAAGCUGAUGACAGCCUAUGACCGUGUCUACGACAUCAGUGCCUUCUAUUCCAGCACCAGCCAGACCAACUUUAUGGGCACCCAAGUCAAGAGUGUCAUGGACCAGGCCGUCAACUCGGGCUCGGUCGAGGUCACCGCCAACUUCCAGCAGCUGGCCAAGAGCUACCCCAGCCAGUGGCAAAACGCAUUCAUCUGCCUUGACAACAUGUUCUUUGUCGGCUACGUUGAUCACCGCAACGAUAUCAAGUGCCAGGUCCCCGACUACAUCCUGUUUGUGUCCUCGAUCGUCCUGUUCAUCGUCAUCGUUGUCAAGUUCCUGUCGGCGCUGCAGUUUGGACGCAAGGGCGUGCCUGAAGACCACGACAAGUUUGUCAUCCUUCAGGUGCCUUGCUACACCGAAGGCGAGGAAUCCUUGCUGCGCACGCUCGAGUCGCUGGCCAUGACCGAGUACGACGACAAGCACAAGUUCCUGUUUGUCAUUUGCGACGGUAUGAUUAUUGGCUCCGGCAACGACCGGCCCACGCCGCGCAUCGUCCUGGAUAUUCUCGGCGUCGACCCCUCGGUCGACCCAGACAGCUUCAGCUACAUGGCCCUCGGCGAGGGCGCCAAGCAGCACAACAUGGGCAAGGUGUACUCGGGUCUUUACGAGCUCAACGGCCGCUCGGUGCCCUUCAUUGUUGUUGUCAAGGUCGGUAAGCCUUCCGAGCGCCAGCGACCGGGUAACCGCGGCAAGCGUGACUCGCAGAUGCUGAUGAUGCGCUUCCUGUCGCGCGUCCACUUCAACCAAGCCAUGACCCCGCUUGAGCUCGAGAUCUUCUACCACAUGAAGUACAUUGUCGGUGUAGACCCCUCCUUCUUUGAAUACUGCUUGAUGGUUGAUGCCGAUACCGAGGUCUUCCCGGACUCGCUCAACCGCCUGAUCUCUGGCAUGACCCGCGACUCGCGCAUCAUCGGCAUUUGCGGCGAAACCAAGAUCGCCAACGAACGAGACAGCUGGGUGACCAUGAUCCAGGUCUACGAGUACUUUAUUUCGCACCACCUCUCCAAGGCGUUCGAGUCGCUCUUUGGCUCCGUCACCUGUUUGCCCGGCUGUUUCUCCAUGUAUCGUAUCCGCUCCUCUGCCAAGAACGCCGCGCUGCUGACUGCCCCUGGCGUCAUCCGCGACUACUCGGAAAACAACGUCGACACCUUGCACAUGAAGAACCUGCUCCACCUCGGUGAGGAUCGAUACCUCACCACGCUGAUGAUGAAGCACUUCCCGAACAUGAAGCUGGUGUUCACCCCGGAUGCCACGGCGAUCACCUACGUCCCCGACAAAUGGUCCGUGCUGCUCUCUCAGCGGCGUCGCUGGAUCAACUCCACGGUCCACAACCUGAUGGAGCUGAUGUCACUUCCGGAGCUCUGCGGCUUCUGCUGCUUCUCUAUGCGCUUUGUCGUCUUCAUCGAUCUCUUUGCGACCAUGACCCAGCCCGCGCUUCUGUUCUACAUCGGCUACAUGAUCUACAUGGCUGUCACGGGAUCGUACACGCAGUUCCCGAUCGUGUCGAUCAGUUUGCUCGCCGCCGUCUACGGCUUCCAGAUCAUCAUCUUUAUCCUCAAGCGCGAGUGGCAGCACAUUGGAUGGCUGUUCAUCUACCUCCUGGCCAUGCCUGUGUUCAGUUUCUACAUCCCCGUCUAUGCAUUCUGGCACUUUGACGACUUUUCAUGGGGCAACACCCGUGUCGUCCUUGAAGAGGGUGGUUCCAAGAAGUUCGUCAUGGAGGUUGAAGAGUUCGAUCCCGACUCGAUCCCUCUGAUGAAGUGGUCUGACUUUGAGAAGGAGCGACUGGAUGCCGCCCAUGGCGAGUCCAAGUCUGGCUCGUCUCACGAGUCCCGCCAGUCCCGCCAGUCUCGUCAGAUGGCGGCUGCUUUCAGCCCCGGUCCCGAGGGCUCUGUCUACGGCGGCUCUGUCUAUGGCGGUGUCCCGAUCCAGUACCCUCCUCCUGCCGGCUCUGUCUACGGAGGCUCGCAAGUCGCCCUGCCCGUGUAUGGCAUGCAAGGCAUGCAAGGCAUGCAGGGCAUGCAGGGCAUGCAGGGCUCCGUCUACGGCGAUGCUGACUAUCAGAACAUGGUCUAUGGCCAGGGCGCCAACGGCGGCCGGUCUUCCUGGAACUCGCAGCAGUUUGACCAGAACAACCGCAAGUCUUUCCAAGCCGCAGCCAACCGCUCGUCGGGCAGCCUGAACGCCAUCCCGGGCUUCCCCUCCGACGAGCAAAUCCUCCGCAGCAUCCGCAACAUCCUCUCGACGGCCGACCUGAUGACUGUCACCAAGAAGACCGUUCGCGAGGACUUGACCAAGGAGUUCAAGGUCGACCUGAGCUCCAAGAAGGACUACAUCCACCGCUGCAUCGAUUCCAUUCUCAAGGGCGAGCUGUAGAGGAGGAGGGCAACCAGCUUGUGGCGCUAAGCUGCACCGUAAUGCUCCUCGCAAUCUCCUUCCUCUCUCCUCUAUCGCUCUCUCUCUCUCAUCGAUGGUCAGAUAGU